AUGCAUAGGAAUUCCCAAGAAAUUUCGCUUUUCGAUCACUCAACAAGCUCCCGGGAGAGGGAAAUUCUCGAAGCUUUAGGUGAGGUAUACUCGCUCAUAAUUGUGCUAGAUCAAGUGGAAAAGGCAUAUUUGAAAGAUUGCCUGUCGAGUGAAGAAUAUACUUCAACCGUCAAUAAGCUUUUGGCGCAGUACAAGACCUACUUGGCAGAUGAGGAAGUCGCAAAGGAGUUUGGGGGACUGGAACAAUUCAGGGCUAAGUAUCAGAUCAGUGCUUCCAAUGCUAUCACGAGAUUGGAAAGGGGUAUGCCUGUGACUGUGGAGCAUGCCAUUCAGACUAAAAACAGUAGCACAGCGCUUUCUAGCAACGGUAAGAACAUUAGUGGGAAAGCCGUAGCAGAAGCGACUGGAAACUUCAUCACGGUGAUGGACGCGUUGAAACUGAACUACCGGACCAAAGAAAAGCUUCAUCCCUUGAUGUCGGAGCUUUUGCUGAGUAUAAAUCGAGCAGGGUCGCAGGAUUUCGAGUAUCGAAAAAAACUAGUCGAGUGGACUGUAAAAAUUAACAAGAUGAACAUAAGCCAAAGCUUGGAAGACAGCGACGCGCGCGAGCUUCUGUUCGACUUAGAGGCUGCUUACAAGAAUUUCUACACUUUACUUGAAUAA